UUCCACCAACUUUCCUCUGCACUACUCUCUCUCCAAAACCACAACACUUUAGUGUUGUGUUAAUAAUUAAAAAAAAUAAAAUGGGGUCAUUGAUAGGUCAUGUUAUACCAGGGUUUGGUUUCUUUCUUAUUGGUAUUUGGCAUUUGCUUAAUCAGAUAAAAUUACAUGCUUUCCACCCAAAAUCCUACACUUCCUUACCAUGGUUCCCAGCUCCAAAAAUCAGGUACGCGGAGCUUUUUGUGAUUAUGUUUGGCACCUUACUCUCCAUAUCAAUGGAACUCUUCAUUGGUCCAUCAAAACAUCAACCUUUCGACUCUGAUGGAACCAUACCUUCAUAUCAUCUCCAUAACUUUGAACAUGCAAAUAUCUCCCUUACUUUCUUUGUCUAUGCAUCCUUUUCGAUCUUAUUCGACAAAAUCAUCCCUUCAACCCUAGCUCAAAAUGGACUUACAUUAUUUCUUGGAGCUGUUGCUUUUGGUCAAGAACUCCUUCUUUUCCAUCUUCAUUCUACUGACCAUAUGGGUGUUGAAGGACAGUACCAUUGGCUUCUCCAAGUUGUCAUCUUUUCGUCUUUUGUCACUACUCUUUUGGGAAUUCCUUUCCCUAAAAGUUUCUUGAAUAGUUUUGUGAGAUCUUAUAGCAUUAUGUUUCAAGGAAUUUGGAUGAUGGUCAUAGGUAUCAUGCUUUGGACUCCAGAGUUCAUCGCAAAAGGUUGCUUUAUCAACUUUGAAGAAGGGCAUAAAGUGGUUAGAUGUCAUAACAAGGAAGCACUUGAAAGAGCAAAGUCAUUAGUAAAUAUCCAAUUUAGUUGGUAUUUGGUUGGGAUUACUGUUUUUACACUCUCACUUUAUUUGGUUCUUGUCAAAUUUUUUAGAGAAAAUGUUGAGUACUUUUCUUUAAUAAGCAAAUUUCAUGAGGAGGAGGAUUUAUUUGAGGAUGUUGAAGCUCAAAAGAAAAGACUUGUCAACCAUCUUGGUGAGCAAAAGAGGUUUGUUGAAAUGGGAAAAAGAGAGAAUAAUUAGAAAUGGAAUGUUUGUCUGAUCUUGUGUGGUGUGUGUGUGUUGUUGGGUGGGGGAGGGGGUGUAGAUGAAAAAUAAAUAUAUUCUGAUUGGCAUGUUGUAUUUACUCAUUUGAUCAAAGCCUAGAAUAAAUAAAACAACUAAAAGGGUGUGUAGGGGAUUGAGAUCAAUUCAAUAUUUAUGUGGUUAAUUUGUUUAUAUGUUUUGGGGAGGGAAGCAUGUGGUGGGAGAAAAGUUGAUUGUUGGAAAGAUUUUUUUAAUUAAUAAAUGUGUUCAAUAUUGUAG